CGGCCAGGAGCAGAAUCGUCGGUCCAGUCUUUGGGCUGAGAAUGGAGAAGACGAUGCUACUGGACGUGGAGGGGGUACGCAAAACCAUCAUCCAUGGGGGGACGGGAGACCUCCCCAAUUUCAUCAGUGGAUCCAAGGUGACUUUUCAUUUCCGCACGAUGAAAUGCAAUGAGGAGCGGACAGUGAUGGAUGACAGUAAGCGGGUGGGCCCGCCCAUGCACAUCAUCAUCGGGAACAUGUUCAAGCUGGAAGUUUGGGAGAUUCUGCUGACGUCCAUGAGGAUCGGCGAGGUGGCUGAGUUCUGGUGCGACGCCACUCACACAGGCGUCUACCCCAUCCUCUCCAGGAGCCUGCGGCAGAUUGCAGAAGGCAAAGACCCUACCGAGUGGCACAUCCACACCUGCGGGCUGGCAAACAUGUUUGCCUAUCACACCCUGGGCUACGAGGACUUGGAUGAGCUACAAAAGGAACCUCAGCCUCUCAUCUUCGUCAUCGAACUCUUAAAGCGGGAAUCGUGGGCCCUUAACAAUGACGAGAAGAUGAAGGUGGUUCCUUUGCUGCAUGGGGAUGGCAACAGGCUAUUCAAACUGGGCCGGUAUGAGGAGGCGGCAGCCAAAUACCAAGAAGCCAUCAUCUGUCUGAGAAACAUCCAGACCAAGGAAAAAGCUUGGGAGGCCCCAUGGCUGAAGCUGGAGAAGAUGGUGAACACCCUAAUCCUCAAUUACUGCCAGUGUUUGCUGAAGAAUGAAGAGUACUACCAGGUCCUGGAACACACCACUGACAUUAUCAAAUACCAUCCAGGAAUCGUGAAGGCUUAUUUCGUGCGAGCCAGAGCCCAUGCGGAGGUCUGGAAUGAGGCUGAGGCCAGAGCCGACCUUCAGAAGGUGCUGGAUCUCGAUCCACAGAUGCGGAAAGCUGUCAGCAGGGAGCUGGGAGUGCUGGAGAGCCGGAUGGAGGAGAAGAGAGAGGAAGAGAAACUCAGAUGCCGAAGCAUGUUUCGCUGAAGAACGUGGCCUGCAGGCCUCCCUGUGGCUGAAAUUUGUUUGAAACCCACUCGAAACGAUCUGACUCCCCUCCUCAUCCACAACCACUCC